AUGGGUGAACAAACUGAAUGGUCAAAAUCUGGUCAAUAUACUUCAUACACUGAUUUAGACUUGACUCCAUUUGGUGUUGAACAGAUGAAAAGAACUGGUAAGGCUCUUUUCGGUACUGGAUUCAUUAAACCUGAUCAAAUCACUUAUAUCUUAACUUCACCAAGAAAAAGAGCUUUACAAACUAUUCAAUUAAUUUUAGAAAGUGUUGAUGAAUCAAUUAGACAAAACAUUCAAAUUGUUAUUGAUGAAGAUUUAAGAGAAUGGGAAUAUGGUGAUUAUGAAGGUUUAUUAACUAAAGAAAUUAUUGCUAAAAGAGCUGCUAAAGGUCUUGAUCAAGAAAGACCUUGGUUAAUUUGGAGAGAUGGUUGUGAAAAUGGUGAAACUUCUGAACAGGUUGGUCUUAGAUUAUCAAGAGUUAUUGAUAGAAUUCAAGGUAUUCAUAAAAAGGCAAUUAGUGAAGAUAAACCAAGUGAUGUUCUUGUUUUCGCUCAUGGUCAUACUUUACGUUAUUUUGCUGCACUUUGGUUUAAAUUAGGUAUUGAAAAGCAAAUAACUAAUGAAACUCCAAAAUAUGUUAAAUCUUAUUCAAAUGAUUCAAUUGAACCAAUUCAUAGAUCAACUUAUAGAUAUUUACAAGAAAAUCCAAAUUUCUUAUUAGAUGCUGGUGGUGUUGGUGUUUUAAGUUAUGCUCAUCAUAAUAUUGAAGAACCUGCAUUAAGUUUAGCUGGUGCUUUCACUAUCCCACCUGAAGAACAAAUUGCUGAUUCUUCAACAAAUUAA